AUGACAAUAACAGAUAAUGAAGGUGAAUCAAAUAUGAUAAAUGAAAUGAAAAUGUUAAUAAAUGAUUUAGAAAAAAAUGAAGAUGAAAUAAAUAAUUCAGUGAAAAUUAAAUCAAAAAAUAGAGACAAUCGAUAUUCUAGAAAAUAUUCUAGAAGGGAAUUUAUUAAUCUAAGAAAGGAUUGGAUAGAGACAACUAACAAUAAAAUAAAAGAUGAGACAAAUAGUAAAAGAGACGAAUUUGAAAGAUUAAACAGCAAAAUAAGCAG